GAAAUCGCUAAUCUUCACUCACGUAUCGACCAUCUCCUUCUUAGACUAAAGCCAAGCUCAUUCAGGCCUCCAGAAUUCGAACACGAUGCCUUUUCUGCUGUUUACACAGAAACUGAAGCUGAUCCCUACCUGGAAACUGACAUAGAUAUAGUGGAUUCUUCGGAGGAUGAAGAAGCUGAUAACUAUGAGUCAAAUGGAGCCGAAACCUCGCGGCGGAGUCUAAUCGGUGUCCCUUGUUCUACUUUGAAACCGGUCACUUCUGUCUGGGACCACUUAGGCAUGACAGGACUUGCGAAAAUCCCCCCGUUAGCAACAACUGUCCAGCUAAAUGACUUUGCUCGUGCUGAUGCAGACUCUACCUACCAGGAACCCAUUAACUACGUGUCUGAAGGUAUCUAA